AUGGCCUCCCCAUCCUGCUCCCGCUCGCUGAGCCAUUCCAUGAAGCGAUUGAAGCUCUCUCCAUCAAUUUCAAUCCCCACCGUCGCCCCGCGCUCCCUCCACCAGUCCGCCCGGACCUCCGCCACCCCCUCUCCCUCCGCCGGCAGCAAGCAGGGCGGUCUGGCAUCCAUCCGUCUGCCCCUCGCAGUGCAAGCGACAUAUCUCGCGCCAUUAAAACGCCAACCCACGCACAACAUCACCUCGGCCGACCUGCAACUCCGAUCGUACAGCGUGCGUAACCUCGACCUCUUCACCGACUUCGCCAUGCGCGCCGCCUACUACCUAAAUCUCCCCGCCAAAGGCCCCAUGCCUCUGCCCAAGAAGACGGAACGCUGGACCGUGCCGCGCUCCAAUUUCGUGCACAAGAAAUCGCAGGAGAAUUUCGAGCGCAUUACGCUUCGGAGAUGGAUUCGAAUUGUGGAUGGUCAUCCGGAGACGGUGGCGAUCUGGCUGGCGUUUUUGAGGAAGUUUCAAUACUAUGGAGUGGGAUUGAAGGCGGAUGUGUGGGAGAAUGGGAGUGUUGAUACUGUGGCGGAGAUGGAUGGAGAGGCGGAGAGGAUACGAGGGAUGAUGGGCGAGAAGGGAGAAUUGGAGAUUCUGCUCAAGAAUGCACCGAAGAAGAUUUCCAAGACUCUGUUUGAUGAGGUGUUCAAGGGAGCCUAUGGAGCACAUUCGCCGCUGAGUGCUGCUCCCAGUGUCCCCAAUGCGAACCGGAGGGUGGAGAAGUUUAGUCCGGGAUUGGAGGUGAGGAGACAAGCGAGUAUUCAGGCGGGGGAGCGGAGAGCGAUUGAGAAACCUACGGAGUAG